UUCCAACACGCGCCUACUAGUAGUUUCACAUGUGUGCCUGCCUAGCUUUCCGCUCCUCCUGAGGUCCUGAUCGCGUGCUGUUCCUCGCAGCCCAGUCUACCAUGGAUUACUGCCAGGCACCCACCUGCAGUGUCAGCCCGUCGCCGCCGUCGCAGUCAUCACCGUCGCCAUCGUCGCCGUCGUCGCGGUCGUCGCCGUCGUCAACGUCGCCGUCGCGGCCGCUCGCGCUCUCACCGCGUCCGAUAGAGACCCUGCCGGAUCAUCUCCUCUGCCUCGUCCUGCGAGCCGCCGCAUCCGACGGCCGUUCCUUCCACCACGCGCUCGUCUGCAAGCGCUGGAACCGCGUGUCGUUAAUCGCCCAGUCCGUAAUCCACUUAGAACCGUGGCGAGAUCUUUCCUUUCCGCCGCUCCUUGCCGCUAUGGCUCGAUUUCCGAGCCUUUCAGGCUUGGAGCUACCGAUCCGCAGCCUCGGGGACGGACUAGACGACGCGGUUCUGGCUGCGAUCGGCCGCAGCGCGCCGAGCCUAACCCACCUGGAUCUCUCCGAUUUAUCGCCUAGUAUCACUGUUCACCGUGAUGGGCUCCAUGCGCUCUUCCUUUCCUGUACCCGCUUACAGCAGAUCCGAUUAUAUUUCCCCUUCGAUGAAACAUACCUCACUACACUGCCGUCGUCUUUCCUCAAUCUCCCUCGUCUACAGGCCAUAGAUAUUUGUUCCAACGUCCUUCUAGGGAACGCCCUCCCGGAAGACCUUGGCUUACCGCACUUUCCGCUCACCUCCUCCCUGACGCCUUUAAAGCUGGAAUGCGGCCGUAAUGAGAUUAGUCUUCCCGAGAGCUUCGGCCUGCUAUAGAAUCUAAAGGAGUUGUCGCUUCUCUGCCGCGAUCUGCGGCCCCUCCCGUCGACUUUCAUGCGUUUGUACGCGUUACAAGCCCUCAGCCUGGCGUGCAACCAGCCCUUUCCUCCCUGCCUCUACCGCGUCGCUCACGUCGCUAACGCUCCUGGACAUACGCGAUAUUGAGUGCCAGGACAUCCCAGAGCGCUCUGUGCGUCAGCCUCUGAGGUCCCCACAGUCGAGGUGACUUUUGAGGCGACUCAAAAGUCGCUCUGUGCGUCAGCCUCUGAGGUCCCCACACUCCUCUCUCAACCAAGCCUGGACCUCCCUCAUCUUCGCAUGAUGAAUCUGGGGUCUGGCACCGCCGCCGCGACUUCUCUAACCUCCCCACAACCCUCUCUCACAUCCUCAAAUCCCCCUCCCGUAACCCCGUCACCUCCCCUCCUCUCUCCUCCCCUCCUCUCUCAUCCCCUCCUCUCUCCUCCCCUCCUCUCUCCUACCCUCCUCACUCCCCCUCUCCGCACGCUCAGACUGACCAACGCUUCCAUCACGUCUCUCCCCUCUUCCCUCCCUCGCCUCUUCCCUCCCUCGCCUCUUCUCUCUCGAAAUUCUUCAUCUGGAGCUCUGCCACUCGCUCACCUCUCUGCUGCCUCUGACGUCAGAUGACUCACGGCACACGUCAGAUGACCCACUUGACACGUCAUCAGGUGGAAUGUACAGCUCAGGAGCACACGCCUCUCACCUCCUCCCCUCCACCCUCCACCUACCCUCCCAUCUUCAAUCUCUCCUCCCUCCGUCAUCUCCACAUAGAUUCCCCCUGCCUCACAUCCCUUCCCUCCUCCCUCUUCCUCCUCCCCUCGCUGCAGCACCUCCACGUGUCAGGCCACCAUUGGCUGUCAGAGCUCCCCUCUGAUUGCUUCUCGGGCCCCCUCUCCUCCUCCCUCACUCACUUACACCUCGACCAGUGCCGUGUGUUGACCUCCCUCCCCCACUCGCUCCCCCUCCUCUCCGCUCUCCGCUCUCCGCUCUCUGGAGUUGGAGCAGUGUGAUUCUCUCUCUUAUCUUCCUCUGGGCCCUCCUGAACCGGAAGUGUUAGCAGGAGGGCAACCAGCAGCGCAACCAGCAGCGGCAGCAGCAGGGCCAGAAGCAGCAGCAGUAGCAGCAUUAGAAGCAGCAGCAGCACCGGCGCUACCACCACCAGGUACUACCACCUGUAUCACCUCGCUCCUUUCACUCCAACGCCUCAUCCUGAGGCGCUGCGACUGCCUCACAUGUCUUCCUAUCAGCAUCUGCCACGUGUCCAGCCUCACUGACCAGCAAAUCCACCGCUGCCAAUGGUUCACUCGCUGCUCCCCUCCUCGAACACGCUUAACCCGCCCAACCAUCACACUCUCACCCCUCCUAAUCCUCCCACUCUCACCCCUCCUAAUCCUCCCACUCUCACCCCUCCUAAUCCUCACACUCUCACCCCUCCUAAUCCUCCCACUCUCACCCCUCCUAAUCCUCCCACUCUCACCCCUCCUAAUCCUCCCACUCUCACCCCUCCUAAUCCUCCCACGCUCACCCCUCCUAAUCCUCCCACUCUCACCCCUACUAAUCCUCCCACUCUCACCCCUCCUAAUCCUCCCACUCUCACCCCUCCUAAUCCUCCCCCUUUCACCCCUCCCGAUUCCCCUCUCAAACCUCACACAACCACCAAACCCUCUCCCUCUCCCUUCUCUCCUCGGCCUUCUCUCGCCUCCCUCCUCUCCCUCCGCAUCCUUUACAUCACCGAAUGCCCGCGCCUCCUCUCCCUCCCUCCAGACAUAGGCUCCCUUCCGAGCCUUCAGGAGCUUGGGCUGUGGUUCUGUAACCGGUUACAGCCGCUGCCGCCCGGUGUUACUGACUUGAAAUCACUGGAUCGGUUGGUGGUGAAGGGGUGUGCGAGGGUGGGACAGGUGCCGGAAGGAGUGGUGAGGAUGGAUAGGAUACGGGCGCUGGAGUGGGAAGAGGGGGAGGAGGGGGAGGACAGGGAGGACGGGGAGGAGGGGGAGGAGGGGGAGGAGGGGGAGGACGGGGAGGAAGAGGGGGAAGAGGGGGAAGAGGAGGAAGAUGAAGAAGAGGAGGAAGAGGGGGAAAACGAUUAAGAGGACAUCGGGUUGAAGCGGCCUUUUUACAUCGAGUGUCGGCCUGCAAGCACUGCAGAGAGUUGAUUGUGCCUAGUUUUGUGGGUGGUUGCGAGUGUGCAGUGAACCAUGGAACUGUGCCUUCAUACCUAGUAGCAUUUGAGUCGACUCUAGCAGACUCAUUACACGCGGUUUUGAGUCGACUCAAGCGUGAACCGUAGAAUUGUGCCUUCAUACCAGCAUAGCAAGCAAUAUUGUACAUACGGAAUUGCAUUCA